AUGAGAGGUGUCUGGAUAUUAACUGCAUUUUUGAUCAGAGCAGCAAACACUCAAGAGAGCCACUUUUUUUCAUUUUGUUUACCACCUGGACCUCAAGGUCCGCCUGGACUCAACGGAAAUCCUGGUCAGAAUGGGUACGAUGGAGAAAAGGGGGAGAAGGGAGAGCAGGGAGAACAAGGAGCCCCAGGAGUUCGUGGAGUGCAGGGCAGUCCUGGAAAAGCGGGGCCAGUUGGGCCCAAAGGUGAAAGAGGAGAACCAGGCACCGCUGCUCCUGGAGUGUGCCAGCCACGACAGAAAUCUGCCUUUGCUGCAAGACUGGCCAAAUCUUAUCCUCCGCCUAACCAGCCCAUUGUGUUCCACAGCAUCAGUCACAUCAUCUAUAAUGAACAGCAACACUUUGACGAGGCUUCAGGAAUCUUCACCUGCCAAAUCCCUGGAGUCUAUUUCUUUGGCUACAACAUGGAGGUUUACAGGAAUUCCAAUACUAGGCUGAUGAAAAAUGGACAGGAUGUGAUUGGGACCUAUCAGAUUACCUCAGAAGCUUAUGAAAACAUGUCAGGAAGUACAAUCCUCAAAUUGGAGAAAGGGGACAGGGUGUGGUUAGCAGCAUUAGAAGAUUAUAAUGGGGUAACAAUCACAAGUUACUUUUUGUGCUACCUCAUAUUUGAGUCUUAGAUUAUGCAGGCCUCCCUGGAUCAUGAUUUGUUGCUUUGGAAACAUACAUAAGCCUUUGGCGAAUCACUGUGUCUUGAUUUCAAAGCAUCUUCUUGAAUUGACGGCACAACUUUCCCUUUUCCCUUGUUCUUGAAUGCAGGACUAAGGCCGCAAUGGAAAGUUAGUUAUAAGGAAGAUUAAACUCAAGGACCCAUUUGUUGUUCAGCGUAACACAGAUGGUGCUGAUCCACUCGCUCUGCUGUCUGCUUGCCUUGGAUCUACCUGCCCUACUGCGGGCUCCUACUGAAGUGCCAGCCAUGCUUCAAGUAGCACCCUUGCACUCUGGAAGCACUAAUUAGAUUGGAAACACAUCACCAUGCAGGUACUCUUCCCAGAGUGGCUCCAUCCCCUAAGAGGAAUAUCUUACAGUGCUCAUGAAUGUAGUCUCCUAUUGAUAUGCAACCAGGGUGGACCCUGCUUAGCAAAGGGGACAAGUCAUGCUUGCUACCACAAGUCUAGCACUUCCGGAGCAUGCAGGUGCUAUCUGAAGUACUUACUUGUGCUCAUACACAAAAGUGCAGAUUGCUGGUGCUUUGCUAGAAGUAUUUUGCUAGGUGAGCCUUCAGCAGUGCGGGUGGAUUGGCACCAUCUGCAUUAGGCUGUGCAACUCAUGGACUAAUUGAGCUUACUUGUGAGUAAACAUGCUUGUGUUCACACUGCAUGCCUAUGAAUGUCUAAAUAAUUACGGCUGGUGAUUGGUUCAGAGACAUGAUUUUAUUAUUUUCAUAAAGGACAGAGAAAAUGAUGGAGCAAGUGAAAUGUGCGAGAAGAUCUAAGAAGUUUACUGGGAUGGAGUGGGAUCUAAAUAAAAUAAAUAUGACUUCAGGAUACUUAAUUUUCUCUACAGGUGUAAAGGACUCCUGUGUACAUUUACUGAAAAGCAAACCCAGCUGAGUUUACUUUCAAUAAGCAGUGCAUGUGAUGGCAUUGCACACGGUGAUUAACUUUGCAUUGCACAUAAUGAUUAACUAUUGAGAUGUUCAACAUUAUUAGGACAUUUAAUAGACUUUCCACAUUUAUUGCUACUCCUUAAUUACAUUAUGGGAAUGCUUAUUUUCUAGGUGGUUUCCCCCCA